ACCAUGACUUGUGCUCCUCUUCCGAAUAUACAUGUGACAAUGGACAAUGCAUUACGAAUGAACAACGCUGUGAUGCCGGUGUUCCGUGCAUCAGAGAAAUCUAUCCUCACCUCAUAUUUUUCAAUUACAGAUACGUGUCAGUCAGAUGUAGCAUUUCACUGUGAUAUUCUCAGAUGUAUUCCAAAGAGAUUGAAAUGUGAUAAUUAUGUGGAUUGCGAAGACGGGUCUGAUGAAGACUUCUGUCGCAAAGAAGUAUAUAGUUCGUGCAGAGAAUGGUGGAACGCAGGAUACAGAAGGAACGGAAAAUACAUUACCGAAGAUAUAACGGUACAGUGCAAUUUCGAUGAUUUCCAAGAUAACGAUAUAGCAUAUACUAUAUUUGAUGCCCUUGAUAUGGUUGGAAAAUUACGUGGAAUAGUCGGCCGCAGAAAUUUGGAAAAGGGAGAUGAUGUGAUUUACCUAUCCGACCGAUACGACUGUGUACAACAGAUCAAGAAGAUAUGCGAAUACAGUAAACUUAACACGGCUCUGACUGAUCAAUGUGGUUGUAACAUAUAUACAUUCGAUCCAGCUUACAGUAUGCACGGUACUUCUUAUGAUCUGCGUCCGACGGUAUAUAAUGAGAACUGCACUGACGUCUUAGUCGACAACAGAUCUGUCACUCGCUAUUUUGGUCCGCCUCAUAACGAAGUUACACUUGAUAGUUUCAGAACCAAAGAAGCCUAUAGAUUGAUUGGAUGUUCGCGUGAUGUUUGCAGAAUGAUACAGAUAGGGCCUGCAAUAUGCACUGACAGUAAAGCAGACAGGAAUUCAUCGUAUAAGGAUGAGCUUCCUUGUGCUCAGAAUGGGCAGACAUUUCCAGUUACACAAAAAUGUAAAUAUGACAUUGAUAAUGCAGGAUUUCCAUUAGGAUGUCGAGAUGGAAGCCAUUUGGCUAAUUGUGAAAAAUUUGAAUGUCCAAAUGACACUGUAAAAUGCCCAGGUAGUUUCUGUUUGCCUAUACGUUUUGUAUGCGACGGAGAUAUCAAUUGUAAAGGAGGACAAGAUGAAGAAAACUGCGGUUGUGAGUCGUUACAAAAUGAGAUACUUAUCCUUUACGAAAAGGGAACAACAGAGGAGUUAUUUAUUCGUCAAUUUUCAAGACAAUUUUAUACAGCAACUAAUAUUGUCCGAGUAUUAAGUUUCGAAGCAUCAAAACCAUUGACGACGUUUGAUAUAGACAGUACACAGAUACUUGUUUCAGACAGACAGAUUGAUCAAAGAGGUGAUACAACACGCGUACCGACAUGCAGUUACAAGGUUAUGUCUAAAGAUUUUGUGAAGUCUGUCAAAUUCUCAAAGAAUGGAACUCGAGGAUUGAUAUACAUACAAAACAGUCAAAGCUCUAAAGAAGUCGCUGAUGAGAUGUUUUCAAAUAUAACUGGUUUAACUGGAGAUUAUAAGAUUUAUCUUGUAACACAAGUCUUUAAUACUGACUAUGAUAAUCAAAGUUUUGUUCCGAAAGUUAUUCCAGUACGUGUCAGAAGAUUGAAGAUAUUAACUGCUAUCGGAGCAGAAUAUUUCAGUGCUUUAUGUAAAGUGAAUUCAAAGGUACACUGCCAAGGUCAAUAUAAAUGCGCGUCAAGUAAAACAUGUAUACAACUGGACCAGGUGUGUGAUGGCUACAAACACUGCUUGCAUGGUGACGACGAAUUAUUAUGUGAUUUUGAAUGCCCGAACGGGUGUUUCUGUAAUGGAUUAGCUGCAAUUUGCAUAGACAGAAACUUAUCACAUGUUAAUGACAUCCCAAAAACUACCAGAGAAUUGGAUCUAAGUUUAAAUAUAAAACUAGACAGUGUUUUACAACAGCCUGUGCUAGACUUUAUAGUUUUGUCAAUUCUAAAUGUGUCAGGUUGUGGUAUAAAAGUCAUAACUCGCAAUGCUUUCAACAGAUUAAGGAACCUUCAGUUACUUGAUAUAAGUUACAACCUAAUAAGAAUAUUACCAGAUCGCGUUUUUAGCAGUUUGAAGCAGCUUAAAACAUUGCAUAUUCAAGGUAAUUAUUAUUUGUCUAGAAUAGAUCCAAAUGCCUUUCAAAACCUUUUUUUUAUUCGUGAAUUGAAUCUGGCAAAUUCUCUCCUAACAAAGAUUUCAGCUAAUACCUUUGCUGGUUUAAAGUUGAAAAAUAUAGACUUGUCUAAUAAUAAACUAGAGGAUAUUCAGCCAUUUGCCUUCAAUAAUUUAUCAGCAAACAUAAUCAACUUUGAAGGAAAUACAAUAGAAUCAUUAAACAAGGACAUUUUCACUGGAGUGAUCGAUUUGAAGUUACUUAGAACACCGUCUUUCAAGUUCUGUUGUAUUCGGCCAAACUAUGUUGAUGAAAAUAACUGUAUCCCAACAAGAGAUGAAUUUUCUUCAUGUGAAGACCUCAUGCGACAUUCGGUGCUACAGUUUCUUUUAUGGUUGGUUGGCAUGUUGGCUCUGCUCGGAAAUUGCCUUUCUUUGAUUUAUAGACUGAAGGUGGAUAGGAAACGUCUACAGCUUAGUUUUGGUAUAUUUGUAACGAAUCUGGCUGCAGCUGAUCUUCUUAUGGGGGUCUAUCUGUUGAUAAUAGCGAUAGCCGAUGCUGUCUUCAGGAAAAGGUACAUUUACGAAGAUGAGAAAUGGCGUGGAAGUUUUUUGUGUAAUCUUGCUGGUGUUUUGUCCACUAUAUCAUCAGAAUCUAGCGUUUUCUUUCUGUGCUUGAUAACUUUAGACAGGUUGCUUGUUAUCAAAUUUCCGUUCCGCCCCAAAUUUUUUACAAAGAAGAAGUCCAUUCUCUGCGUAUCACUGGCUUGGCUUACUUCAUGUUUCAUUGCAAUAUUACCAGUUGUAUAUGUAGGCUUCUUUCAAAACAAGUUUUACUCAAGAUCUGGGGUAUGCAUCGCUUUGCCUUUGACAAGAGAUCGUCCGCCUGGCUGGGUCUACUCUAUUUUGGUUUUUGUACUUUUUAACUUCAUCACAUUUCUCCUAGUGGCAGCUGGUCAAUGGACAAUCUUUUAUGAAAUGCGUAAGUCACGUGGAAUGGCCACGGCCCCACAGUCUUCACGAAUGAGAGACUUGAAAGUUGCCAGAAAUCUUCUACUUGUGGUAGCAACAGAUUUCAUGUGCUGGUUUCCAAUUGGAGUGAUGGGUGUUACAGCGCUUUCAGGCCAUGCCAUAUCGGGAGAUGUGUACGCAUGGGCGGCUGUGUUUAUCUUGCCGGUAAACUCCGCCCUUAACCCGAUACUUUACACGUUGACAGCGAUCAUUGGAGAAAAGGUAUAG